AUGCCUCUGAUACGACCAACUGCCUUUUCGAGCCGCGCCUCCCAGCUGGCCCUCACCUCGACCCCUCGAUCCAUCGUCGCGCGCCGAGCUCUCUCCACCACACAACACCUGCGCGGCGGCGCCUCACACGACGACCACUUCGACCCCCCGGGUGGUGUCCUCUUUGGCGUCAAGCCCGGUGAGAAGUAUCAAGACGAGGGCUGGGAGAGGAUUUUCUACUGGGGUUUCUUUGGCAGUUUGGCCUUUGGCAUCAUCGGCUACGCAUACAAGCCCGACACCAGCAUCCAAACAUGGGCUCUUGAGGAGGCCAGAAGAAGACUCGAGGCCGAGGGCAUCCUUGCCGACCCCGAGGACGAGUAG